GCCGUUGCUAAGAUACCGCGGGCCGUUACGCCGGCGCGGAAUGAUGAUGAAACCACUGCUUCCGGUCCUUGGCGCUUCUCUCCCGCCUGAGCCAGGUUCCGAGACCUGGGCCUGAGCUCCCCACAUUGGUACUUCCGGAGUCGUCUGGAUUGUGUCCGACCCGCCACCCUGCUGUUCUUUUCCUUCCGGUAUGAUCCGCUGGGCCCCCAGUGCAUCGCCUGGAAGAGCCCUCUCAACCUGAAUGAACCCUUUGGCAGCCUCAGACCGUCCUUGAGGAGGAUGACUGAGACACUAUGGGCCACGCGCUGUGUGUCUGCUCUCGGGGAACUGUCACCAUUGACAAUAAGCGCUACCUCUUCAUCCAGAAACUGGGGGAGGGGGACCUGAAGCCCACCAAUAUCUUGCUUGGAGAUGAGGGGCAGCCAGUUUUAAUGGACUUGGGUUCCAUGAAUCAAGCAUGCAUCCAUGUGGAGGGUUCCCGCCAGGCUCUGGCCCUGCAGGACUGGGCAGCCCAGCGGUGCACCAUCUCCUACCGGGCCCCGGAGCUCUUCUCCGUGCAGAGCCACUGUGUCAUCGAUGAGCGGACUGAUGUCUGGUCCCUAGGCUGUGUGCUAUACGCCAUGAUGUUUGGGGAAGGCCCUUAUGACAUGGUGUUCCAGAAGGGUGACAGUGUAGCCCUCGCUGUGCAGAACCAACUCAGCAUCCCACAAAGUCCCAGGCAUUCUUCAGCAAUGCGGCAGCUGCUGGCCUCCAUGAUGACUGUGGACCCCCAGCAGCGCCCUCACAUUCCUCUUCUCCUCAGUCAGUUGGAGGCACUGCAACCCCCGGCUCCAGGCCAGCACACUACCCAAAUCUGAACAGACCAGUGGCUCAUUGAGAAGGUGGCCCCUGUGCCUCGGAAAGAGACCUCUGUCCCUUACUGGAAUCUCUGUUUUUUCUAUCCAGGCCUGCUCUCUUGUAGUUGGGGGCAGGCAAGGUGGGGAGAGUUAGCUCAGUCUUCUAUCUCUGCUCCCCAAGAACAAGAACGGGGAGCCUGAGUUGGGAUGGGUGAGGGUGGGGGAUGGGGAAAGGGAAACUGAUCGAAUCUGGUAAAGGCUCUGAGCAGGACUGCUGAGCUUACAUCAUGGUCUGCCUCCAAAUCUGGGAGCAGGAGAAUGUAUAAAUAGAAUAAAGGGAAAGCAGCUUGGUGUGGAUCUUAGUCUCGUCGUUCCUGGAGUGAGAGAAGAGGUGCAAUGGGCCCAAAGUCUGGUUGCCAUUUCCAAGGGAAGAGCCUGGGAAGAAGAGGGACUGGCAUAGAGUCAGGAAUGGCGUGACUUCAUCAUUCCACGUCAGGAGGCAGGAAUCCUUACCUUAGAUAUGGCUGGUUGGCAGUGGGCAAAGUCUUCUAGCUUGUCUUAGUCAAACACUAAAAGGUGCUCUGGCUUGAGUGGGCUUCUAUGCCAAGAACUGGGACCAGGGCCCCCUAAAGUCACAUUACAUUCAACUUGUUCUUUCCUCCCUUCAUUCCCUGGGGUGGGGAGCUUAGAGCAGCCUAGCCGGUUUGCCAGGCAGGGUGGAGACACCUGAGGAAGCUUUAAGACAGCUACAUAACUGGUCUCCCAGCCUCAGCCUGGGGGCAAAGGGAGUGGAGGUGGCAGCCAUUUUGGCCCAGUCUCUCCCGGAUGGUUCUAGCUCACAUAGUUAAUGAUUAAUGAGAGCAGUGUGGUAUGGCAGUAUCCAGCUGCCACUUCCUACCUGCUCUGCUGAGUAAACAGGGGCCCUGCCUUAGCUGGGCUUGAAACCUAUUCCCCAAGGAAGGGCACUGCGUCCCUGAAUCACAGGGAGGGGAGGCAAGGGCAGGGUUGGCAUCUCCUGCUCUUGGGAUUGAAGCGUCUUGUCCCCAACCAUGCCCACUCCCACAUGCUGACAUCAGUGUGGGUCCUGGGGUGC